UUUCUCAACUUUUCUAUUCUUUGGAGAAAGAAACUAAUGAAAAAAAAAAAAAAUCUUUUAUGAAUUCUCAGUAUAAUAUCAAGAAGAAGGAACACACUCUCUUUCCUUUUCUCUCUCUUACACCACCAAAUCCAUGACGAUGAAGAGAGCUUUAUCGUCUCCUUCCUCACUGCUCUUCCAUCUCCUGAUAACUCCUCUUUUUCUCUGUCAAGCAAACAGAGUCCCUGUCACAAUGCCUCCAUCUGAGUCAGAGACUCUCUUCACAAUCAUGGAAUCAAUGUCAUCUGAUCAACAAUGGCGUCACUCCCACCCAAACCCUUGCGCACCUGGCUCGUCUUGGCCAGGCAUUGAGUGCAAAACCGGUCCAGACCACUUGCCUCACGUCUCUCGACUCGAUUUCGGCUCUGCUCCAAACCCUUCUUGUAAAUCCUCUGCUUCUUUCCCACACUUAAUCUUCUCUCUCCCUUUUCUCCAAUCAGUCUUCUUCUUCAACUGCUUCACUCACUUCCCAACCACAAUCGUCUUCCCCAUUAAGCUCCUCCCUAACUCCUCCCUUCAACAGCUUAGCCUCAGAUCAAACCCUUCUCUCUCAGGUCAAAUCCCUCCUCGAAUUUCAUCUCUCAAAUCCUUACAAAUCCUCACUCUCUCACAGAACCGAUUAACCGGAGGAAUCCCGCCGGCGAUUUUCUCGUUGAAAAGCCUCGUACACCUCGAUCUAAGCUACAACAAACUCACAGGUAAAAUCCCUCUGCAGCUAGGGAAUCUCAAUAACCUCGUUGGCUUAGAUUUGAGCUACAAUACGUUAACGGGCACCAUCCCUCCCACGAUUUCGCAACUGGGUUUGCUUCAAAAACUCGAUCUGAGCUCGAAUUCUCUCGUCGGAGGAAUCCCAGAAGGAGUAGAAAAGCUCCGAUCUUUAUCUUUCAUGGCGUUAAGCAACAACAAACUAAAAGGUGCUUUUCCAAAAGGAAUCUCGAAACUCCAGAGCUUGCAGUACUUCAUAAUGGACAAUAACCCUAUGUUCAUACCUCUCCCCGUUGAUUUAGGGUUUCUCCCUAAGCUUCAAGAGCUCCAGCUCGAGAAUUCUGGAUAUUCCGGCGUAAUCCCUGAGAGUUACACCAAACUGAUGAACCUGAGCUCGCUGUCACUCGCUAACAACAGAUUAACCGGAGAAAUCCCUUCCGGGUUUGGCUCUCUGCCUCACGUUUUCCAUCUGAAUAUCAGCAGGAAUUUGCUGAUCGGCGUCGUGCCGUUCGAUUCGAGUUUCCUGAGACGGUUGGGUAAGAAUUUGGAUUUGAGCGGGAACAGAGGAUUGUGUCUGAAUCCCGAGGAUGAGUUCAGCGUCGUUAAAACCGGAGUCGAUGUCUGUGGGAAGAAUGUUACAGGUGGUGGUGGACCCAGACCGUUGCCAUCGAGGAAGAAAUCUCAAGCCUCUCCAUGUCGAUGUUACGGAUCUUGUUUCUUCUCCAAUGCUCUGUUUCAGUUUGCUCUGUUUCUUGGUUUACAUCAUCGAUUGGUUCUCUGAGUUGGGGAUAAACCAAAAGAAAUGUAGAAUUAAAUAUUUUAUCCCUAAAAAAGAGAGAAGAUUUGUGUUUGUUCCCAAAGUAGACGAUGAUUUCAAGGGAAGUUAUUUAAUAAUCGAUUUUGGUGUGUACUAGUUUCCUAUUAAAGCAAUGUAGUUCAUGUUGUUUUUAGUUUA